AUGCGAUCCAGCAUCGCUUGCGCUCGGUGCCGGCGUAGUAAGAUCAAGUGCGUCAAUGCCGGCAUCGACACCACCUGCCGCGCUUGCGAAUCCUCCGGUCGAGAAUGUGUCUACCCAACCCCCGCCAUCGGUGUGAGUGGCGCAAAGCGCGACUUGGCUGCCCUGGCCGACGGCGACGAUCGGAAUGGUGACUGGGAUGGCCCGAAACGCCAGCGCUCGCGCAAACUAACUGGCUUGUCGGGCGCCUCCGCCGGUGCCAAAGCCGGUCUCGACGCCCUCGAUGCCUCCGUCUUGACCACCAAGGUCUGGGAAUCCGUCUUCGAUCUCUUCCAAUCUCACUUUGCGACUCUUCUUCCCUUCCUACAUCCCGCGACCUUCCUCGGCCAGAUUCGGCAACUCUCUACACCCGCUCCGCCACUUGCGCCAAUCGAUGGGAUCGAUGCCGCGCGAAAUAAUUCCGGUCUGAAGACAGACCCGUCUUCUUCUCUCAUUCCGUUAGGUGUUUUGGCCCUGACAGCCCGCUUCCACCCGCCGCUGGUCGCCUACCACUCCCCGGCCUCCCCCGGACAUACUUCGAACCCCGUCGCGGCAUCCGAAUACUAUGCAACAGCACUCCGCAGCCGGCUGGCCGGUCUCGAGGGAGUUAGCCUGGCCAUGCCCGAUCUGGCACGGGUUCAAGCGCUGCUAAUGUUGGCCCUGCAUGAGUGGGGCAUGUGUCGCGGCAAGAGCGCCUGGGUGUAUGUUGGAAUGGCCAUUCGUCUGGCCCAGGCCAUGGGCUUGCCCUUUGAAUUGGAGAAUGAGUUUCCCCCGCGUGAUAUGUCCCGCUGCUCCCCCGGCUUCAAGAUGGAGGCAGAUCACUUUGGUGUUCGUCGCCGUUCAGAGGCCAAGGAGGCGACCUCCGACGAUAUCAUUGCUCAAGAAACCAAGCGCCGAACCUUCUGGGCCUGUUUUACCCUGGACCGAUGCCUCAGUAGUGGAAAAUAUCGCCCCCGCAUGAUUCGCGUCAAAGAGCUCGGAAUUCAAUUGCCGAGUGAUAAUGCAUUUGCCUUCGGCGAGCGGGUACGAACGGCCCGACUUAACGAGCCGACGGCUCGCCGACCACCAAGCUUUGGUGCACAGGGGGUUCAGAUCCCAAGCAUCCGCCAAAGUAUAGGGGGCUUCAAUGAUGAGAAACUUCCUCCUACUAACGGAACCCCGGACCCCAAGGCAUGGUCUCCCAUCUCACGCCGUAAGGACUCGAGCGAGGACGAUGUGGAUCGAUGGGAGGUUGGUGCUGAGGAGUCGGUCCUCAGCCGAGUGAUUCGUAUCAUUCGUAUCUGGGGCAGCAUUGCCAAGUGGUCUUGCGCUGGCGGUCGACGAAACGAGCAAUACCCCCCCAUGGCACCCGGAAUCGCGAUUCGCCUCGCUUCGAAUGCAAUUAAAUGA